AAAAAAACUGUGGUUCAUUACCACGAGGGACACGACCAGUAACUAACUGUAACUUUUUCGUCUACAACGUGAUGCUAAAAGUGAAAUACUAGCAGUUAAAUUACUAAUAGAAUCAAUAAAAACUACUAUAAAGUGAAACUAAAUGGGCCAUCCCGUGAGGCUAAUAUAUGAGCAACCGAAUAUAGAAAAUACUAUACCAUUUUCUGAAUUCCAAAGGUCAUUUCCUGAAAAAUUUUCUCCACAAGAUGAUGAUAAAUUGAUAUUAUAUGGAGGAUGUCCUUCAGUUUCAGUUCAUUUACAAGAAAAUAAUGAAUUAAGUAGAUUAGAAAUAAGUUCACAAUUACAUAAUGUUAAUUUCUCGAGGGUUUCUUUAUAUGUAUUAAAUACAUCAUUAAUUUUAUGGUUUAUUAAUGAUAAUAUAGGUUUAGAAAUUCCUUAUCAAUCAAUUAUUUUGCAUGCAAUUAAGAAAAUUGAAGGUAGUAAUAGUUCUCAUCUUUAUAUUCAAAUAAUAUCUAAUGGAUAUAUAGCCAGUAUACCUAAUGAAUAUAAUGAAUUCAUAUCAUCAAUUGAAUUAAAUAUAAUUCCUAAUAUUGAAUAUGAUUUUAAUUCAAAUCCUAAUCCUUUACUUCAAGUGGUUGAUAGUACAGUUGAACAAUUAUAUGAUGCAUUAUCUAAAUGUUCAGCUCUACAUUAUGAUACGGAGUCUGAACCAGAAGAAGAUAGUAAUUAUGGAAAUAUAGAUACUCAACUUCCUGCAUUACAAUUACCAAAAGAUUAUCUAAAUAAUGGUGAAGAUGAAAUAGAUGAUGUAAUAAUUAAGAAUCUGGGUGAUGCAGAUGAUUUAGGAAAUGAUGAUAUCGAAGUUCAAGAUGCACAAGUUGUAGCAGGUAUGGCAGUAGAUGUCGGAUUUGCUUCAUUAUCUGGUACAGUAAGAAAAAGAGAAGAUGAAGUGGUAGACAAUAAUGUUAAGACAAGACGGGUAAAUUAAUAUAGGGUUAAUAAAAGUAACUAUAUAGUGUAAUAUUAGAGUAGUAACAAAUAAAGAAAAUCUACUGAUUAUAUUUAUUUUUAUUUAUAUAGAUCGAAAUUUCAAAAAUAGAUAAAAUAAAUUUAUGUACGUAAUUUUAUUAUACUAUAGAA